GUGACAAAAUGGUGUUCCCUACCAUAAUGUGACCAGUCAUGGUGAGAAUUUCGAGAGACGCGUACCGAGGCGCAAAAAAGAACGAGCGAAGAAGAUAGAAAAGGGAGAAUCGAUUAAAGUUUCUGCUUAAUAUAUUAUAUAUAUGUAAUCAUAUAUUGUAAAUGUCUUAAGUUUAAGUGAUAUAAACCAGAUAUUUGUGUAACGUUCAAUAUUUUAAUACGCGUCGGAGUACAACGAGUGAAGCUAACCGCACACAAAGAAACGGGGUACUUGCGAGCGAAUUAGGCAAAAACAAGAGCCAAAAGUUACAAAACAGAGCGCUGCGCAAUAGACGGUGGUGUACAUAGAGUUUAACUAAUACGGAAUCAGAAUCAGAAUCAGUUAAAAGUGUGAUUUUUUUGAGCCUUUGUCUGUGAGUGGAGAGAAAGCUUUAAGCGGAAUUACAUAUAUAUAUAAAAGUACGAAGCCAGCCCGUCGCCAUUUUGAAAGUGAUUUUACAAUACAUAUACAUAUACACACAGCGAACACAUACACACACACACAUACACCCAGAAAACCCAUCCAAUUUGAAAAAAAAAACAAAAAGAAAAAGAGGAAAAACCAACAAAAACACAACCAAAAUCAACUUCCGCCACAUUUUUAAAGUGAAUAUAAUCAACAAAAUCAAGGCAACUUUUAACCCAAACUCAACACAUUUUGUAUAUACAUAUAUAUAUCUCUAUAUAUAUAUAUAUAAAUAUAUAUAUAACGCUUCGGCACGUUCGGAAUCUGUAUAACAAAGUGUCGAGAAAAUCCCCGAGCAAUCGAUAACUGCGCUACUCACACACACACACAUAUAGAAGAGCCAGCCCAGAGAGCGUUCGUGUCAGAGGUCUACAGCGAAAAAGAUCAGCACGGCUUUAAAUGCGACAGCAGCAGCAGCUACUACGAGAAUUUGCAAAAUUAGAGCUAAGGAUAGCUUAACCAGAGAAAGAGAUAAAUCAACAGACUGAUUAACAAUACAUACAUUGUACGCUACAAGUUAAACUAAAGUAAAGAGCAGCUGUACAUAAGAAGCGAGACCCAGACCACGGACACCGAAGCAGAAGCAGAAGCUGAGGGGCCAGCCUACGUGCGUGCUCGCUGGAAUUUUUCAAAUUUGGAUUUUGUGGAGAAAGACGACGGACGGACGGACGGAGCAUCUUUAGCGAUAAGAACCAAAGAAGAAGAAAUACGAGCGACCCAAGCAAUCCGCCAACAAAACGACAACAAAGCGAUAGCAGAGCAGAGACACCGAGUUUGGUUUCGAUUUAUAAACAAAAACAGAAAAAAAAAAAGAAAAAUAAUUGAUUUAAGUGCGUGUGAUAUUUAACGUUAAGCAUUAAUUUAGCGAAGCAACCAAAAACAAAACAAAAACAAAAAAGGCAAAAAGAGCAGAAAUUUUAAUAGAAGAGGAGUGAGAGAGACGACGACGAAAUUACUAUGACAUACUCGCACAAUAGCGUUAGGAACAACAUCAGAAUGACAACCGCAGCCGCCACCAAGUCCAUACGAUUGAAAAAGGGAGCAGCAUCCAACGCUGCAUCCCCCUCGGUAGCAUCAUCAUCAUCCCCAUCCCCGACAUCCGUAUCAGCAUCCUCGCCAGUCACGCCCUUGGUAACUGCACAUUCCAACAGUAUUGCCAGCAGUACAAACAUUACACCCAACAACUCCAAUUUGUUGAGCUCCUCCUCGCCCACUAGCUGCACCCCAAUCCUGUCCGGCCUCUCCACGCCGAACAAUCAGCAACAGCGGCCCAGGCAGUCCCAGUCCCAGUCCGCCGGAUCCCAGCGCCGUCAGCAGCAGCAGCAGCAGCGGCAAUCACCACCGCAGCAAGGCGGCGGCGGCGGCGGAGCCUUCUUUUUUGCCAACAACAACAGGAGGAAUGGAGGAGGACGAUCUCCACAGGGAUCAGUUGCAGUGCGCCAGUCGCCAGCCACCAUUCUGGGCGGAGGUUUCUCGCCAACCAUGGUGGCGGCCGCUGGGGGAUCGGCUCGGAAGCAGCGCAAGAGCCCGCCACUGGGUGGAAAGGUUUCGCCCCAGACUAUGCAGCAGCAGCAGCACCCACUCAUACCCACCGCACUGACGCAUUUUGCGGGCAGCAAGUGUUUCGACGCCCCGGCUCCUACGGCACUCCCAAAGCCACCCCAGCACUGGACUCUGUCCAAGUCGGAGGAGAAGCCGGCGAGGCCAAUGGCGGCGAUGUCGUUGCCCAAGUUCCAGAUGCCGCUGAUGCCGAUGGUGCGUUCAUCGAAGCGCAAUCUCCUCGACGAGUUCGACACGCACAAUCUGAAGCUCCUUCUGAACGUGCAGUCGUAACCUUGGCGCUGGAGGAUCCGAGUCCUGGCGGCAGCAGUAUCCGGAAACGGAGCGAGUGGAUUGAGAAACAACCGACCGACAAAUAUGGAUUGAACCCCGGUGGACCCCGAACCCGUCAACGAGAUGCAAAAAAAAAAAUACAAGAAAUGAGAAAAAUAAAAUGAUACAAAAAAAAUAAACAGAAAUAAAAUAAAAGAAAAAAAGCAAAAUGAAAAAAAAAACCUUCAAAAAAAAAAAACGAAAACAUUUCAACUGAAAAAUUGAACUUUUUUAAACAACAAAAAAAAAAAAAAACCAAAACAAAAAAAGAAAAGAAAGAAAAGCGUAAAAAAAGAGUAAUGUUUGUGAUCUCAAGUGUGUAUCAUAAAACAAGAGCCCAUAUUCGAGAAGCUAUAUGGGGGAGAAGGAGGAGAACUGUUUCAAGCAAAAAUGAAAAUAAAAUCAAUACACAAACAACUAUCCUCACACAAUCGAUAAAACCAACAACAACAACGACAAGACAACAAAUAAAUAGUAAAAAACAACAAAUAAAAAAUGCAAAAUUCCCCGCUAAACAGAAAAGAAAAAAAAAACACAAUCCUCAGCAGACCCUUUGCCAACUUCAAAAUGCAAACUUUAAAAAAAAAAAAACCAAAAGCCAAUCGACGACAAACUGAAACUUAAAACCGAAAAAUGGUAACCGGAAACUGGAAUCAGGAAUCUGGAAUCUGGAAACCGGAACAACAAUCAAUCGACGCCUGGCUAAAAAAAGAAAAGAAAAGAGAGAAAAAAGAAAGGAAGAAUGUAAAGAGAGUAUGGAUGGGAAUGAAAAUGAAAAUUAGAUGAAAGGGAAGAUAAACUUUGUAUGUCUAACAACGGAUACUUCACAACUGAACAUUGUUUUAAACGUGAUACGCAAAUAGACUUGAAAAUUAACUAAUAAGUAAAAUUAAAAGUAUAAUCAUAUUUAUGAGUAAUUCAAAAAAUGGACGCUAGAAGCGCAGCAUAAAGUACAGUUUAUGUUUAUCCCCCUAAAAGCGGACAAAAUGUGCAACGUACCUUAAAUCUUAAAUAAAAAAUUGUAAUAAAUUAAAAAAAAAAAAACAAAAUAAUGCUGACUUAACAGAAGAGACACGAUAAUAACUAAAGAACUAAAUAAUAACAUAAAAAUCGUAUACCCACCAAAUCACAAAGACUAAUUCAACAAAAAACAAAAAAAAAAGGAAAAAAAAAAUACAAAAAACUACGUAAACUCAGAGUAGCAGCCGACGUCAACGCCAACGCCGACGCCGCAGCAGCAGAGCAGCCAACGGCGAGAUCAGCAGCGACGCAGCAGAGCAGCAGCGCAGGCAAAACAGGCAACUGCCUUGCCAGAACAACCAACCUCUCCUCUACCUUAAGAUAGAAAUUCACGUAUUGCAAUUUGACCUACCUAGAUACUUCCAUUAUUUUUAGUUAAUUGUCGCGAAAGAAAAGUUACCAAGUACCAAUUGCCCAAAAUUAAAAAAUUAAUAAUAAUAUUUAAGCCAUGACCCCCUCACCCCCCGAAACAUGCUUACUUUAAUAAUUAAUUCUUAAACUUUAAUUGUGAAAGGCUUUAACAAAUUCUAAUUUAAACAUUCUUGAAUUGUAAAUAGAAGGCGGAACAAUGCUUAAAAUGUUCAAAUAAAAUUUUAUAAACGAAAACGAUGUAAAUCGAUUUAAAAAACAAAAUGUAAGAAUAAGAACGAUAAGAGUGUUAACAUCAAAUACUUGCAAUUAAGAAUGUGUAAUGGCGAUUUUGAAAUAGCAAAUAGGCGCAAGCAAGAUUUUAUUUAUCAAAAAAAAAAAAAGAAGAAAUAUUUUUGAUCUUGCGCUUGGCGUGUGAGAAACUAAUUGUGAAAACGAUCUAACUUAUAUAUUCUUAACAAGUUUCAAUUCCAAAGCGAAAUGAAAGUUGGAGGAGUGAUGAUAGUAGUAGAUGUCGCUAGAAUAGGGAAUGAGAAAUGAACUACUUUGUUAACUAUUCGUUGAUGCUCAAUACUGAAACACUUGAACCCAGUACCUUAUUUUCAUUAUUAGCAUUACUUAUUAAUUGUUAACAUUGAUAUGUAUGUAAAUUAUUUAAGCAUCCCUCUCCCACCCACCACCACCCAUCCACAAUCCCCUACCCAGUACCGCCCCCUCAGAAAAUCCAAAGUUAUUUGUGUUUUACGUGAGAAUGAGAGAGAAAUAGAGAGUUAGAGAGAGAGAGAGAACAGGGCAGCGUGAGUUUUUGUAUUUUUUAGUUUUUUUUUUUUAUUGUCAUGUGAAUUGUCCUAAAUGUGAUGAGCCAAAAAGAAAAAAAAAGUUGAGAAAAAAAACUCCCAUUAUUAAUAUGGAAGUGGAAAUGCCCAGAAAUAAGCACACUUGAGUUUUGUUUGCGCAUAUUGUUUAACUUCCUGAAAGAGCUAAGAUAUAAUAUAAAGAACCAUGAAGAGAGCCAACAACCACAAGGCUCUCGAUAAUAAUGAUAGUUUUAAAAAAAAUGUUGAAAUGAAAAGCCAAAAAGUCAAGCACCGUUUAGGUAUACUGAACAAUUUGUCAUAUAUUGGUAGCUUUAAAGCUUGUAUCUUCAAGUUACACACCAACACACACACCUCCAUCACCCCACUCCACACACACAUAUACCUUCCUACUACUUAGAGUAUUGAAUAAGGCCGAAGGUGACCCGAGCAGUGCUCAGGAAUAGCCCCAGCCUCACUCCCCUUCCCCCCCCUCAUAAAAAACAGAUGAAGAACUCUAGAACCUGUCGCGCAGAAUUUUGCAUUUUUUUAAGUGUAAGCCUAACGUUUGUUACUUACUGGAGUUAAAUUUAAGCAGAGAGAGAAAGGAAGGAGAACGCUUAGAUUUCAUUAAAGAGAAAAUAUACAAAAGCCUAAUUCUAAUUCUUAUAAAAAACAAAAAAAAUAAAAUGAAAGCCUAAAAACAGACCAAAACCAGGCCAGGCCACCCAGCUCUGCCUUGAACUGCGUGCACACGAGCUUUGAACCGCCGAAUUUUUCAACACCAAUCAGUACAAAUUAAUUUCCAUUUUAAAGCAACCGAGCCCGGCCAAGAUCACAGAGGCUCUCGACCCGAGUUCAAUGCGUGUGUGCCGCCAUCCAAGGCAACUGCGGCGGCCGACGCCGUCCCCCCCCUUGAAAGAAAUUCAAUUUUAAUUUAAAAAGCGCAACGACGAUUCGAAACAACUACUUUAUUGGAGUUCGAAUAUUAAUUUUACCCAUUAUUGUUUAAGCCAAAAGAUUCGUCGUUCUAAAAUGAAAAAAAGUAAAAAGUAAGCAAGCAGCCAAGCACUAAAUAUUUUAAUUAAUUUCCCAUUGAUCUAAUUUACAAUUUAAUUUGCAAUUUUUUGUGAUACUUUGCUAUAUUUUUAAACCUGGAAUAUAUACAAAACUGAAGGAAAAGUAAAAUUAAUUAACCCACACAAUUGCCGUCUAUGGACCAUUAGGAUGAGUACGAUUAUGAAGAGAGAAGAAAAAAAUUGCUAAUCAAUACUGUAAUUAUAGAAACGAUUGUUAAAAUAAAAUCAGAUGAAAGAAAAACAUUUAAAGCAAUAUUGGUAUUGUGUUAAAACCAAGUCAACUUGUAACAUUUGAAAGAAGAAAAAAAAACAAAUAUUUGAAAAAGAAAUCAACCCUCAACCAACCACAAAGCAAUAGAAAAAAUAAACAAUUGUACACGGCUUUCGUAAAGUGAUUUAUUAAAGCCUUGUAUAAUUAAGAAAAACAACAAAUUUGUG